UAGAGGAUAAAAUAAAAUUUCGUGCAAAUUUGAGGUGCAGGACUCAGGUUACACCCGGUAGCUGGGAAAUCUCACAAUCAUUUUCGAAUUUCCACAUUUUCCUAGAUUGUUGGGAAAUUGAUCGACUUGACAGCUGGCGGGCUGAAACAUCGGGAGCAAAGAAGAAAAUUACGAAAAGGAAAACCGUAAACACCACCAAACACACUUUUUGCCCUGCUUAGCUGAAUUUGCUCAAGACGCCUUGCGUUUUUUACUAUCUCGUAAGUGAUAACACCAAUUAGUGCACUGUGGGCGUGAAUGUGAAUUAGAAACUUGCCGGGUUUGAAGAAGGACACAUCGAACAGCUCCGGACACCGCACGCCAGCUAUUAUGGUGGAACCAAAUUGGAUCGAAAUUAAUGAGAUCAAAGGUUUCCUCACAUUUCUUGCAAGCAUCGACUGGUAUGAUCCGUGGUUGAUAGCGUUAAUCGCGUUCCACAUUACCAUUACCUCGACGGCGCUGCUCACACGGAAUUACGGCAAUUUCCAGGUGUUUCUGUUCUUUGUACUGCUGCUGCUGGUGUACUUCUCCGAAAGCAUCAACGAGUACGCGGCGAUCAAUUGGAGGAUCUUUUCGAAACAGCAGUACUUCGAUGAUAAAGGACUCUUCAUUUCCGUGGUCUUUUCGGUGCCCAUUCUGCUCAACUGCAUGCUGAUGGUGGGAAGCUGGUUGUAUCAAUCGACACAAUUGAUGAGCCGACUAAAAACGGCCCAGCUGAAGCAACAGAUUCGACAAUCCAAUAGCAGGCAGCGGUUGAAGGAGGAGUAGAGUACGCGAGUCUGGGGGUGGUGUGCGUAUCCGGUUUGCAGGGCACGGAAUCCGGUAGCAUUAAGAUCGGUUGCCAACUGUUGUAGGGCUAAUGCAGCAGAUGGAUCGUCACAGUAACAGUAGGCCAUGCAGAGUUUUGUAGCAACCACGGAUGGGGUGGUAUACCUUUUUUUUUUAAUAAUUUAGCCUCUUUAUCCUUUUACAAUGCAAGUAGAGCAUUUUUUAUUAAGACUUUUUGUUUUAAAUCCCCUUAAAACCAGCGAUUAAGUUGCUGUAGACCAGCACCGCAGCCAACACGUACACUUACACAGUCAAGAAGUGCAUUACUUUCUGUUAAUAAUAUUUUUAUGUCCACCUUCUUCCGGGGUUCACCGCAUGGGAAACUAGAAUGGGAAUCACGGGGAUGAAGUGUCGCACCAUCUCCACGCACCGCCUCCCGGAUGUUAUUGUGAAUCUGCCUUAUACUUGCUUGUUAUCACUGCAUCACAUUUCGCUGGAACCCUCGCCAGGUGCCACUGGGUGGAGUCGGGUUGAGUAGACGAAAUAAGAAGCAGUGUAGUGUACACCGCCCGUUCCCUUCCUGUUUCGUGAUAUGUAUAUAAGAUAGCAAGGAAAUUGUAACAUCAAGCUUGGUAAACGCGACCACCUAGUGGUCGCUGUGUGCUAGGGAAUGUGUGUUUGAAAAUAAAGAAAUCCGUUUUAAAACACUGCUCA